AUGUUUUCGCAGAGGCGAUUCUCAUUUGAUCACCUCCUCCAAAGUCAAGAAUCCUCCGUGGUCAAUAAGUUCCAGCAGAAGUACUGGAAAACCAAGCAGACGCUGAUCAAAGUCACAGGGAAGAAGGAGGAUGAGCAUGUUGUGGCUUCCGAUGCUGAUCUGGACGCUAAACUGGAGGUGUUUCAUUCAGUACAGAGAACAUGCAUGGAGCUCCUUAAGGUGAUCGAGCAGUAUCAAAGGAGAAUCAGCUUUUUGUCCCAGGAGGAGAAUGAACUGAGUCGGUUCCUGCGUUCACAGGGCUCUCAGGACAAAAGUCAUACUGGAAAGAUCAUGCAAGCUACUGGGAAAGCUCUCUGCUUCUCCUCACAGCAAAGGCUGGCGCUGCGAGGUCCCCUGGGCCGUCUUUAUCAGGAGGUGGAGACGUUUCGUUACCGACCCAUUUCCGACACGUGGCUGACGGUGAACAGGAUGGAGCAGUCACGGACCGAGUACAGAGGAGCUCUGCUGUGGAUGAAGGACGUUUCUCAGGAGCUGGACCCCGACACGCACAAGCAGAUGGAGAAGUUCCGUAAGGUUCAGACUCAGGUGCGUCAUACCAAGACGAGUUUUGACAAACUGAAGAAUGAUGUGUGUCAGAAGGUUGAUCUGCUCGGAGCCAGCCGCUGUAAUCUGCUCUCACACGUUCUGACAACGUAUCAGACUACAUUGCUACAUUUCUGGGAGAAAACCUCUCACACUAUGGCUGCUAUUCAUGAGAGCUUCAAAGGCUGCCAGACUCAUGAGGCUUCAGCUCUGGGGGGUUCAGAUCAAGCUGCAAAGAAAAAAGUAAAGAAGAAAAUGAAGGCAAAAGCAGAAGAUGAGGAGACGAGUCAGAGCACAGAUGAAACACUGAUUUCAAUUGAAGAAGAAACUCUGAGCAGUAAGCUCGUGCAAACAGGAAAUGACGAGGCUUUCUCCGGCGGCCAGGAGAAGGACGGCUUGAGUUUGUUGAAUGAGAUUCUGGGCAGCAGUUCUCUGGAGGAUGGAGGUUUCUCACAGGAAUGGCACGAGGUGUUUGGGGAAGACGAUCUGGCCGGAGGCAGCAGAGCCGAGACGCAGCCGUCUGAGGAAGAGCCCGCUUUCUUUCUACCUUCUAAACUGCUCGACCAGAACAUGAACGACCUGCAGUCCACAGUCUCAGGUUGGACAACAGCCAUUCCACAGAAUGUUCCUGAAAGCUCAUCUGUAGCAAGUCAAAACUCUUCCAAACCUGCAGUGAAAGAUACCUCAAAAGAUCUCUCUGCUUGGUUCAGUCUGUUUGCUGAUCUGGAUCCUCUUUCGAACCCAGACGCGAUCGGCCGAACCGACGAAGAGCGUGAGCUCCUGAACGCUUGAUCUGCUCCGAUACAGAUGCACUUUACGCUCUUGUCGCACAACCGACAGUCCACGCCAGAGGCCUACACAAGAGAGAUAUCUUCACGCCAUAGCAGUUAACCUUAAUCAUUUAAUGAAGAAAUAUCUGCUGCCAAAGGAAACUAAUAAUAAUCACUCUGGCCUUGAUUCCUUUUCCGUUUGCUAGUAUUGUCAAGGCUGUUUGAUUCGCCGUAACAACGUGGAUUUUCUCGUAUUACGUAAAUGGCAUUAUCAGCAACUGUGAGUAGUUUGUGAUAUUGCAUGAUUUUAGAUUUAUUCAUUUUAGAUGUUGCCUUGAUCAGUUCCGAAAGAAAUGGAAAGUAUUUUUGCAAAUGUUGUUUAAAGUAGUCUUACUUUAGUGCCGUCAACUAAAAACUAAUGCUGCAUUUCAGAAGCCUUAAAUAUGAGAAGACUUUAUUACAAUCGUUACAUUUAUUUAUUUUAAUGAACGUUACAUAUUAUUUUAUCUUAUGGAAACUUCACCUGAUGCGAAAGCAGCUAUGAAUAGGUCAAGGUGUACAUAAAUGUAACGUUAUUUAAGAUGAUUACGAUUAUGAUUAUGUCGUAGAAAGCAACCGUGCUCGCUUUUUACAGGUUUGGAUCUGGAAAGGGUUUUUAAUUCAUUUAUUUAUAACGGUGGAUUUAAAAAGCAUAUAUAAUAAAUAAUAAAACAUCAGAGCUCAUGGCAGGUUUGUUGAAAGGUUUAAACGUCACGAGAGAAAACGAAUAUGAUUUAUAUGACUAUUGUACUAUUAUUUUUGUCAUGAACCACUGGUAAUCAGCUUGGUCAAACCAGGUUGUAUGUAAAUGUUGGUUAACCGUAUUUCUUAGUGCUGAUUAUGUGUUUGUGUGCCUGAAAACUGAGUCCCAUGUACUACAAAUUACCUUUCAUCAUGCAUAUUAAACUACAAACAUGCAAGUGCAAUAAAAUAUAAUAAAGGAUUUGCAAAUGUGAUUCCACGACACAAUACAGUGAGACCAAAAGGCCUUACUGAAGUCAGUUCAUAUGAGUGCUUUACUAGACAAAGUGAAAUAUGCAUCACCAUAAAUCGUAUCCCCAAUACGGCAAAAAAUGCUAUAUCAUUUUCAAUAUUUUGUGUUGUACUCGUGCGUUUCUUCCAUUUCUAACACGACUGUAACCCUGAAUGGCAUGAAAUGAAUAAAAGCAGCUUCAUUUUAA